GCCGCUUAGAAUCUUAGUGCAUGUCAAGGCGUUAACGUGUGGCAAGGAUGGCUGACUGCAAAAGCAAGUUAUAAUUAAACCUACAAAGGUUCUUAAUUGACAUAGACGCCCCUGGGCGGUGUGGCCUUGGGCGCUUAUCGAAAUCACGGUGUCCCAAGUAUUAUUGGUUAACUUUAGACAUUUUACCGUAGAACCGAGCCCCGCGAUAAGCCUAAAAAAUUUCUAACGUAUACAAUGAGUGAUUGACAACUAAUCUGUACUGAGCACUGUACGUCGUGUGUAGUAACGAGCACUAGCGGCUAUUGUGAUCAGGAUUCGGAGAGUUAGUGAGUUUAGAAGGAGUGUCUGAAACAAUAACAAUGUCAUCUAAAUUCAUAUUUCUUGAGUCAGUGGAUUUGCUGAGUACUAUACCGCAGUACCAUCUUCUAUUAGGAGCAUUUGUGUUACUCUGGUUUGCAUGGCUGACUGCGAAAAGACGGUAUAAUAAUCGCCAACUGCCAGAAUUGUCCAACGAUGAGGUGGAAAGAAAGAUAGCUAACUGGCAACCAGAGCCAUUGGUAAAUUCGAUCGAAAAGAAGUAUCACCAUGCUCUGAAGCCCAAACUGGUCUCAACCAAAGUUGGCAAACGGAUUACUGUCAAUGGCAAGGAUUGUCUCAACUUAGGGACACACAAUUAUCUGGGAUUUGUGGGUUCGUCAGAGAUUGAGGAUACCGCUAUCGCAGCAAUUGAAAAAUAUGGAGUUGGUUCUUGCGGACCCCGAGGCUUUUAUGGCACUGUUGACGUCCAUUUAGAAUUAGAGGAAAAGUUAGCCAAGUUCAUGGAAUCUGAAGAGGCUAUUGUUUAUUCUUACGGAUUUACCACAAUUGCUUCCGCCAUUCCAGCUUACUGCAAACGCAGAGACUUGGUGUUUGUCGAUGAAAAGAUUAAUUUUUCUAUUCAGAAAGGUCUUGAUGCUUCAAGAUCCAACAUUAAGUACUUCAAGCACAAUGACACAGAUGACUUGAAAAAUUUGUUAACGCAGCAAGCCGAGGAAGACAAAAAAAAUCCUCAAAAAGCUGCCAAGAUUCGAAGGUUUCUAAUUGUUGAAGGAAUUUAUAUGAAUACUGGAGAAAUUUGUCCAUUGCCAGAUUUGGUCAAAUUAUCCAGGGAAUACAAAUUACGAAUAUUCAUCGAUGAGUCCAUCUCAUUUGGAGUUCUUGGUAAACACGGUAGGGGAGUUACAGAGCACUUUGGAGUCCCCAGACAUGAAAUAGAUAUGAUAAUGGGAUCCUUGGAUUGGGCUGUGGCAUCAAUCGGAGGUUUUUGCGUUGGUUCAUCAUACAUCAUCGAGCACCAGCGACUGUCUGGUCUUGGAUAUUGUUUCUCUGCUUCUCUACCUCCAUUUUUAACAUCUGCGGCAACAAAGUCGCUUCAAAUAAUGGAACGCAACCCUGGAAUAUUUGAUACACUUAAACAAAAAUGUCUGCAGUUUGAUGCCAGACUUAGAGAAUUAACUAGUUUUCAUUUAUCGGGCUUUGCUGAAUCUCCAGUUAAACAUUUGUAUCUCAAGGAGAUACCGAACCAUGCAGAUGAGCGGGAACUGCUAAAUCUUAUCUCAGAUAAGUGCAUUGACAACAACAUUGCUGUUGUAGUAUCUGCAUAUCUGGAAACAGAGACAACUCUCCCCAGAUCAAGCUUGAGAAUUUGUGUGUCUGUAGUCUUAGAGGACAUGGAAAUAAAACAUGCGUGUCAGGUGAUAGAGAAGUGCAGCAAAGCUGUUUUAUCAUCUAUAAAUUAAUGAAAUUUCAAUGAGAUAACUUUUACUAAUUUCUUUAAUGACUACUUCAACAAAGUACACCGCACGUUAUACUAAUCAAUAUUUUAGCCGUGUCUGUAAUGAGAAUUCA